AUGCCGGCCGACCUGAUGGAGAAGAGCAGCGCCUCGCCCGUGGCCGCCACCCCCGCCAGCAUCAACGCGACGCCCGAUAAGCCCAAGACGGCGGCGGAGCACCGCAAGGUAAGGGCCGUGCCGGGCCGUGCCGUACCGGGCCGGGCCGUGCCGUGCCGGGCGCUCACCGCCGCUCUCUUGCAGUCGUCCAAGCCCAUCAUGGAGAAGCGGCGGCGGGCGCGCAUCAACGAGAGCCUGGGGCAGCUGAAGACGCUCAUCCUGGACGCGCUGAAGAAGGAUAGCUCGCGGCACUCCAAGCUGGAGAAGGCUGACAUCCUGGAGAUGACCGUCAAGCACCUGCGGAGCCUGCAGCGGGCGCAGAUGACCGCUGCGCUGAGCACAGACCCCACGGUGCUGGGCAAGUACCGCGCCGGCUUCAGCGAGUGCAUGAACGAGGUGACGCGGUUCCUCUCCACCUGCGAGGGCGUCAACACCGAGGUGCGCACCCGGCUCCUGGGCCACCUGGCCAGCUGCAUGACCCAGAUCAACGCCAUGAACUACCCCGCGCCCCCUCCGCCGCCCCCGCUGCCGCCGGCCGCAGCCUUCGGGCCACCCCUGGUGCCGCCGGGCGGUGGCGCGGGGCCGCUCCCGGGCAUGCCCUGCAAGCCGGGCACCGACGCGGCCAAGGUGUACGGCGGCUUCCAGCUGCUGCCCGCCUCCGACGGGCAAUUCGCCUUCCUCAUCCCCAGCACCGCCUUCGCCCCCGGCGGGGCCGUGCUGCCCCUCUACGGCGGCCCCCCCACGGCUGCCACUGCCGCCUCGCCACCUGGCCCGCCACCCAGCACUGCCGACUCGGUGUGGAGACCCUGGUGAGGGUGGCGGGCACCGGACUGGACUGAGCACCGCACCCCGUGCUGCUGGCACGGCUGUACAUAGGUUAUAUGUUCAUAUUGGAUUGUGCCUUUGUACCAUAGCACUCCCUCAACAGCGUUUCGUGUUUUACACGAG